AUGGCAGGAAACAUCCACAACACCGCGGCUCCGAUAAGUAGCUCUUUGUCCAAACUACAGGCGCUAAAUGGAUUGUUUGCGAUAUAUAAAAAACAAGGGCCGACAUCUGCAGACGUGUUAAAUACACUCAAAGAAGUUUUACUUAAAGAAGCCGGAGUGAAAAACUCAAACCCGCGAAAGAGGAAGAAGCAGAGCCUGAAGAUGGGGCACGGAGGGACGCUGGACAGUACGGCCAGCGGGGUGCUGGUUGUUGGUGUUGGCAAUGGCACAAAGAUGCUAAGUACAAUGUUGGCUGGUACUAAGAAAUACGUGGCCGUGGGUGAGCUGGGGAAAGCUACAGACAACCUGGAUGCCUCUGGCAGUGUGGUUCUGGAGAAAGACUUUGAACACAUUACCAGCUUGGACAUUGAGGAGAAACUAAAAGCUUUCACUGGAGACAUCAUGCAAGUUCCUCCGCUCUACUCUGCGCUGAAGAAAGACGGCCAGCGUCUCUCCGUCCUGCUGAUGAAAGGUCACAAGGUUGAGGCCAAACCCGCCAGACCGGUGACGGUGCACAACCUGAGGCUGCAGGAGUUCAAGCCUCCCCUCUUCACCCUGGAUAUUGAGUGUGGUGGUGGAUUUUACGUUAGAAGCUUGGUGGAUGACCUGGGAAAAGCUCUGUCAUCGUGCGCUCAUGUGAAGGAGCUGAUCCGGACCAAGCAGGGUCAGUUCACCCUGGAGGAGCACGCCCUGCACGAGGAGCAGUGGACGCUGGAACACGUCCUGCGCUCUCUGCAGCCCUGCUCGGAGCCGAAGCCUCCGGGAGCUAACACCUGAAGGGCCUCCGAACGGAACCACGCGCGACUAGCGCGGGCCGCAGUCUGUUUGGUUGGCGGUCAUGGCUCGCCUGCUGGGCUCUACCAGCCCAGAGAACGUGCGGUCUAGACUUGAUGCUUUGGAGCGGGAUGGGGCACGGGCUGCUCUGCACUGCACUGGGGAAUUCCACUCAUUUAUUCUUUUUCUCUCACCGGUUAAUUCAAUAUAUUUUUUUAAUAACCGGUUCAGGCCCACCUGUUGUGAUGUACAGUUACAGACAUUUCAGAAAUCCUCUCCACCAUAUAAAAAUAAAGUAUCCAGUUGGACAAUGCCCACCACAGCGAAGUCGUUUUUUCUUCCAGCAACAAUUGUAUUUAAUCUUUGAGAACAACAGAAAUGUAAACGUAAUAUAUACUGGGACAUAUUAGUAUAUACCAAUACUGUGAUAUCGCCUUCAUUCAUGUGCAGAACCUACAGGACCCCCUUGUGCUAUAAAAUGACAUGUAAUGUCAAAUGCACGCACAAAGCAGGAGAAGUGUACGACUCUGUUCUCGUGCUGUUAACGAGAGCAUCACACUAUAGAGAUGUUUUCCUUUAAACAUUGAUCUACUCCAUAUUUGAAGGUGUUGUUGCAUUA